AUGGAGAUAUUUCGAACGGUUGAAGAUAAUCCCCCUGAAACACUUCAAACCCUCAUUACGUAUGAGGAAAAGCCUGGUCAAGCACAAAACUUUCUUGCCCACAUGGGUAAGAACUUCAGGUGGCCCCUUUCUAUGCCAAAAUAUCUCAGAAGUCAUGCCUUCAGAAAUAUCGCUGAUCUUGAGUUCGAAUACGACGAAGAGGCUGGACUUAACAUCAUAUUUUUCUACAACGCACUUGACAGAGGCGAAUUUUCUGAACAUGAAAAUGAAUGGGUAACGAUGCAUCACCAAAAAAUAAUCGAGUAUGGAUACGAAUAUAGCGAUAAUCAAUUGGAUCACGUUCUCGAAACUUUGCCUAGUGCCAUCCAACUUCCGGUUAAUCAGACACAUUUGCCACGUAGUCCGCCGGUGAAAAUGAUGAUUGGUCAGCGUGCUAGUAAUGGGGGAGACUACAAGAUUUGA